AUGGACUAUUUGGCUUGGUUGGCCAAAACGCCGGCUGUUAAUGAUAUGAUGGGAAUUGAAGAAUACAUUCGCAAAGAGAAGGAAGAGUCCGUACGGGUUAUGAAAAAGCGAUUGAGAAAGGGUAAAGAAACGGGUAAACAACGGGCUGAAGAGAUCUUAGGAGAAGCCAACAAAUUGUAUGUUCAAGGCCAACUAAACUUAUCUAUUGAUAAGAUUAAAGAAGCACUUAGUUAUCACAGUACGUCUGAUAGUGCCUAUUAUUUACUAGGAGUGAUUUAUGAGGAAAUGGAUGCUGAAGAUAAGGCUUUUAAUGCCUUUUUGAUUGCUGCUAGUAUUAAGAAGAGUGAUUUACUACUCUGGGAGAAGUUGUACCAGCAAAAGAAAGCAGUUGAAGAUAAAGAAUUUCAAGUGUACAUUUUGAAGCGGAUUAGAAAGAUAAAACCGAGUUUAUCUGUUUUAGAAGAGAUGUUGCAAGUUUAUCAAUCUUUGGGCCAGAAAGAGAAAGUUUUUGAAAUUCGGGCCGAUCUUUUGCCUUACUUAGGAUUUGCCACUGACUUAGUAGUAGAUUUACUAGUGAAUGCUCGAUCAUUGAAGAACAAAAGCCGGAUUAUUGAACGAAUAAGUCGUGAACUAAGUAAGGAGAAGAAGAUUCUUUUGGCUCCGGAUGAGUUCUUGAUUGGGUUUAUUGAUUUGUUGUUUGUAGAGGAGAAGUAUAAAGAACUAUCUACUAUUCAGGAUUCUUUGGUUUAUUUACAACGAGUCCCGGAAUGUUGGCGAAGUCGGGUGAUUUUGUUCUUUGCCGGUUUGAUUGCCGAAAUGACUAGUAAGUGCUUUGUUUGUCGUAGUAGUGGACAUUGGUGUACGUGUAAGGAUAAUUUGAUUAUUGAUGAGGCUAAUCAUACUUUACUGGUUAAUGGCAAAGAGUCUAUUAUGAUUAAUGCUGUGCCGGACAUUGAAUUACUAGCCGAUCCUUUGCACUUGGUUCUAACUGGACAUUUUAUGGACGUACUCUUGCGAUUGAAGAAAUAUGCUUUGGUCUUACGGUUGUUACAACUAGUGGAUGCUAAGGCUGAUGAAGUCUUUCCCUUAGAACUUCCAGAUGAACCUGAGACUUUACAAGUGCAUAAACCGAUUGUAACUGAACGUUUACGUAUUAAGCAACGACUAGCUGUGAUUUAUGAACGAGUUAAGGAGUAUGACAAGUGUAUUUUACAGUAUAAGAACAUUCUACAGUAUAAAGAAGUCUUAGAAGGUGUAGCUCAAAACAUCUUUGAAGAGACGAAAAUGAAGAUAUCUCAGAUCUAUGAAAAAGCCGGUAAUAUUGAUUUGGCGUUAGAGUAUGCUUUACAGAUAAAAGCUAGUGAGUAUCAGUUUGAAGAGACGAUUCAACGCGGCUCACUUUUCUUUCAUAGUGCAGCUGAUUGUACUCGAGCUCGUUCUUUGCUUUAUAAGGUCCAACAUAUUUGUCGUUCGGAAAUGAUGCAGCCGGAAAAGGCCGAUCGAGCUUACUUUCUAGCCUCUUCUCGUGAGUUAAUUCAUCUCUUUCUUAAGAACAACUUUAUCUGUUUCUAUCUUAAGAAGAAGAAGAAGAAAAAGCGUAAUUCAGCUGAUAAGGAGAUUUUACCGGGUGGUCAACUCUUAGCAACUAAAGAGUUUGAAUCGGAUUAUGCUCUACUCCAGGAAAUUAACGGUUUAGGCCAGGUUUGUUAUGAUAAAGAAGAAGCUAAAGAUCUUAGUAAAUCACAAAAGAUCUAUUUUGAUAUCCUUGCUUCUCUUUUAGGUGGUCUUUCUUUGGAAGAAUGGAUUGAGUUGCUUAAAAAGUACGUUAUCUCUCUUUAUUAUGAAAAGUCACCAGUUGUUUCACUAUUACUGCUUAAAAAAGCCCUUUCUUCUUCGGUCUUACGGACAUCUUUAGCUGGUUAUGCUGACUUGUUAUGGCUGAUGAUUAAAAUUGCUAUUCAGUCACAGGAUAUUGCUUCUUUAGGGUAUGCUAUUAAUCAGCUGACUGUUUUCUAUUCACGUCGAUCGUCUAUUGAUUUUUCGUCCUUUUGUUAUCUGGGGUACUUCUUAUUGACUCAGAUUCCUCUCUACUUUAAGAGUAAGCACUUCUUUAUGGUUCAAAAGAACUUCCAACGAGCACUACGUCGUCGCCUUCUACGACCAGGCUGUAACAAACCUUAUACUCUUACUUUACUUGGUCUGUCCUAUACUCCAAGUUUUAUCUAUACUGAUACUAUGGAAAGACUUGAAAAGCUUAUGCAUACUUCACGUCUUCCAGAAAUAGAUACGUCUCUUCUUGGUAUUACUAGAGCCAUUACUUUUGCUUCUCUUUUCCUUACUCAUGCUUCUAGUCGUAAAGUCAUUGAUCGCAACCGUUAUAUCAAAAAAGGCAUUCAUUUACUUAAAUCCCAUCUUGAUUAUCUUCUUACCCAUUAUCCACCUACUACGCCAAUUCAGUCACCACAAAUCACUAUUCUUCCCCAUUCUAAUUCUACUCCUUCUAUUCUCUACCAGUUCCAGCAAACUUCAACUCCUAAUUUCCUUUACACGGAAAGUGAUACCACCGAAAAACUAGCCCUUCUCUACUACAACUUAGGCCGAGCCUACCAUCAGUACAAACUCCUAGGUCUAGCCGAAAAGUACUACCUACAAGCCAUCGCACAUUCCACCAGUAUGGAAACUCACCAACUCGCCACCAUCAAUCUCUCACUACUGAACCGCCAAGUCAGUAUUAUCCCACCUACCCAGAUCUAA